GUAGUUACCGUCCGGGAGAUUCAGACUGAGAGGACUAGUGAACACAUGAAUCCAUCAUCCUAACGCGUUUAGUUUUAAUAUCAUUAUGCGAUUCGUUUAGUUUUUGAUACCAAGAGGGAAACGGGCAUCGGAUUUCUUUUUCAAGAACUUGGACAUAAAAGGUAUUUUAAUUUUAUAAUUUUGUUUUUCGAGUCCGAUUGUUAGCAUCAGCUAACAGGAAGCUCAUUGGAUCACAUAACGUUAGCAUUGACAUGGAGACUACUCAGAGCAGCUGUUGUUCAUAAUUCUGUUGUUUUAUCAGAAAUGACAUGUAAUUCAUAUCUUAUUAAACUACUAUGAGUGUAUUUUGGUACACAUGUUGUUGUGUACUUCUUGUCAUGAUGGUGGACUGUUGCUCGGCUAGCAUUUAGUGCAAACGUUAGCUGAUCAUGUUUUUGUCUGCAACAUUAACUUGAUCCCAUGCAACCAGUACUAAUCUCAGUCAUUAUAAAACUGAUGAAAUAACAAUCUAUGCUAGUGUGAAAUGGAGUCUGUGUAAGAAUUAACACUAAAAAGCAAUACAGUUCACAAUACACUCCUGAACUGUAACAACGGGUUGAAUAAAUUGACCACCUCCAAUGUUCACCUCGUUUUUCUUAAAGGCAAUAUCUCUGUGACUUUGUUUAUUAUUGCCAAACAGUAUGAUCUGAGUAGCUAUUUACAGGUCUUAGAAGUACACAAGUCACCUAGAUGAAAAAUGGGCCUGUUUAUAUUCACAUUUUGAUUGUUGAGCUCGAACAAGAUUGUCUGUUUAUCUAAAUUAACCUAUCUGACAGCCAACUGAUCAUGUAAGGGAGACCAUAUGUUGUUUUGAAUUAUAUAACAUUUAGGUAUCUGUGUAAGAUUUCUUAUUCCAGACUCUUUGUGCAAAACAAAAUGUUACCUUUUAACCAUUUCCUCCAUUGUGUAUGUUUUUAUUUUCUCAUACGAGGAUGCAUUGGCUUUAUUACCGCACUGCUGACUGAGACAGGCUUUAUAAAAGUGAUGUGUUUAAUAACCAGUUCUGCUUUACUCACCAUCACUGUUCUGUUUGGUCUCUCCCUCAGGCCGCCAACAUGAACUCCGUACGUUCAUCCGUACAAUCCCUCAUGCAGAUGUUUGAUGGGAAGACAAAGGACUUCAUCAAUGACAUCGAAACUGUUGAUAUGGUUUGGCUUGAAGAGAUCCAACAAGAAGCCAACCGAAUGUUCUCUAGGUCAGUUUGAACUAAAGCAGCAUUUUUGUUUUUCUUUUCUUGAAUUGUUGGUUGGAUGUUUUGGCUGAUGAAGCUGAUUUUUUUUUAUUCUGUUUUAUUUUAGGGAUUUUAAUGCUGAACCAGAGUUAAUGCCGAAAACACCGUCUCAGAAGAAGAAUAGUCGAAGAAAGCGUGUGUCUGUGGGGCGGCAAGAGGAAAGUCAAACCAGGCGCAGGUUGGUUUCUUUCAUUUCUGUUUAAAGUGACAUCAAAAUUGACAUAUUUAUUCAAAUCAUAAGAAUAUUUUAACCUGUUGUACCCUCUUCAACCCUAAGCAAACAUUCACUUCUUUUCUAGGUUUUCUAAGGGGAAGCGCAGUAACCUUCGCAGGUCCUCUGUGACAUCACUGAACUUCAUUGCCGAAGAGCAGGCCGUUCCUGAAGCUUCCACCUCUGACACGAGCGUAAACGCACUGCCAAAACGCACCACACGCAAGAACAAACAAAUAGAGUCUGAAGUUGCAGAGGAUGUUAGCGAGUUACCGUCUGACACUUGUGCAACUAAGGAGGAAGAGAAGAAGAAGCCAGAGGUUGUGGAGGAUGAAGAGGUGGACAAAAAUGACACGUCAAACGACACAGAAGUGGAGCCAGACAACAAAUGUAGCGAGGCCCCAUCUCUACCUCAGAUACCCUCACCUGAUGUGGUUGUCAGUAUAACCUCUGCUGAACGUCUGUCUGCUGAGCUCGCUAAAAAGAAGGAGUCUUCUCCUGGCAGAACAGCUGCUAAGAUCCCGAUAGCUGGCACGACUCAGAGCACACGGCGGAGCUUGGUCCGCCACUCUCUCAAGCUUCGUCACUCCCUGGCUGGUAUGCGGCAGAGCAUGACUCAGGAGUCUGUUCGCCGUGCCUCACGUCGAUCCAUGCUGAAGAGGAAGGCGGCUCGUGCUGCGAACUCCACAUUCAACAGCAACGUUGACGGUGAGAGAAGAGAAAAUUAAGUCAGUUCUCCCACACUUUUGAUUAUGUAGUCUUAUCAUAUUCUUAUUACCUGCUUUUCUUUUUGUAGAGGGCUCUAGCGUAGAAGAGGAGGAAAGAGAGGAGUAAGUAAUGCCUGCAGAUAUUUCUUUGCACUAAUGAAUAUGCUGAUGUCUCAGGGGUGUUCAGGUACACAUGGUUGUACCAAACUGUUUCAAAUUCAAGGUCCUUACCCAGACCAGAAAACUGGAACUACUUCUAGGUUUUCGGUUUUGGAUCUCUUUUACCUGUUGCUGUGGACUCAAACUGUUGUUACUGUGAUAAUCUGUGUGUGAGCACAGUGUAGUAAAUAAUGUAGUUGCAUUACUGCGUGUGUAUUUUUAAGCCCACAGCUCUGACAGCUCACACAAACCAACAUCUAAUUAUUUGUACUGUAUUGAUACACCCCAGUCAAGUUUUAUGGUAAAGAAGAAUCCGUUUCUCUCACUCAAACAUAAUUUCUCUCUGUCCUAGGGUGUUAGAAGCUGCCUCUGCAGACACAGAGGAUAAUACCACACCUGAGGAAUCUCCAGAGGUAAAGAUCAACGUCUGUAUCUAUUACAGGUGUUUAACUUUCAAUUUGCUGAUCAGGUGAUGCUUUUCUUUUGCGUUAUGUUUACCUAACAAAUGUAGAUCCAGAAUAAACCGUCCGUGCAACCUGCUAUUGUACGUGUUACUCGAUCGGUGGCUGCACACUCUCUCACGCUGGCCUCUCCAUUGUUGACCUCCGAGCUAACAGUGAGCACUCCCAACAGGAAACCUGGUGAGGAACUCAACAAUGUUUAAUGUUUAUUUUGGGGUUUUGACAGUAGUUUGAGUUGAAACAGUUUUGUGCUAAAAUACAUCAUGGAUGUGCUGCUUUAUGUUAAUGUGUGUAUUUGUGUCUGUGUUGCAGUUGUAACUGAGAAGCAACAGCUUUCCAAGUCAGGUAGUCGGUAAGUGUCCAUGUGUGUUUAAUAUCUAUAUGUGUGUGCAUGUGUGUGUGUUCCCUUUCCUUGAUUCUUGUAAAAACUGUUAUUUUUGUAUCCGCAGGUCACGCCAGAGCUCUAAACGUAAAGCACCGGAUACUGUGGAGGACAGCCCCACAAAAUGGGUCUCUCCUCCCAAGAAAAGUCAAAGUGUAAGAUGCCAAAACUGAGUAAAAUACUUAAAAAAUGAUGUUUGCAGUAAGUACAUUUCUUGAUCAAACUAACAUCUGAUUUUAUCACUACACAGGCAAUAAAACCCAACAUGAAGUCUUUCCUCCACACUGUACAGAAGAAUCAGAUGCUGAUGAUGACCCCAAAUUCCCUCGGCAGGACUGGGGUUAUCAAAUCCUUCAUUAAGCACACCACUCCUCUGAAGACUGAUUUCAAGGUAUGUUGUGUCCUGAUCUUGAAGCAUACUGACAGUGUCAUGUGGCUCUGGUAAGGAGAGCAGAGUCAGAGAAAACACGUAACAAUUCUGUCAACAGAAUAUCUAAUUUAGAUGCUGUCAUUUGGUUUAUUCCAAUUUCUGCUGUGUGUACACAAGUACUAAAGACCGUCCACUUGGGAUCUGGACUCUUAGACCUGAUGUUGACACCAAGCAUAAAUAGAGUGAUAUUUACCAAAAGGGAACGCAAAAAAAAACUAUAAUGGCAGGACCAAAAUGUCAAAUCUAAAGCUUCACAUUAGGGGUGUUCACUAACCUUUAGGCCCUUACAAACUGCAGUUUCAGGGCAGGAUAUUUCCACCCCCGUUGAGCCUCGUCUACAUAUGACGCAGGAAUGUGUAAAGGUGAGGUGAAAUCGUUCCCCCUCUUAGUUUCCCCCUGAGGUAGUAACAGGUAGACUGGGUUGGGGAUGAUGUGAGGUGUAGGAGCUGGCAGCGCCGACCUGUCUGGUGUGUAUGUGCAUGUCUGAAUGUGUGUUUUUGUGAAUCUCUUGCUGUAUGUUAGCAAGCUGUGUCUCUGGUGCUCCCUCAGUGACGUACAAGAAUACCAAUAUUCUGCCUUUUCAGGGUGAAAGUACAAAGCUGUAGUAAUGGUGGGACUCUGUUGCAGAAAGGCAGUGUGUAAGAUGCUCAUGGGCAGCCAUAUGCUUACCUCCCCUACUUUUUUAGCAUAAAUAAAAAAACUCCCAUAACACAACAGCCACUUAGAAAAGAGAAAAAACAAGUUCUUGUCUGACUUCCUUGUUCUGAAAAUUUGAGUGUUUAGAUUCUGAAAACAAACUUUGUGGCUGAAUCAUGCAGUCCUGUCAUUUGGAUGUUAUUCUUUUCCCCUCCCCAGUUGUCCGUCGGUACCGUGGUAAGUGUUAUAACGGAGCACCUUUGUGGGCAUUUGGUGGCGUCUAACAUCCCAUUUGUUUAAAUUCCUCCUCAUAAAUUCCUGAGAUGAGCCCUUUUCACAUUUCCACAUUUUGACAUAACUUGAUUUUAUUUAUUGAUAUCUGCACUUGAACUGCACUUUUGACAGUAAUGGCUUAAGGUGUCAAAUUUAAAUUUCACUCCAAUGAGAAUAUGAACGCCAGCCACUAGUCGUAAAUCAUCAGAAAAACUGACUCAGUUUGAUUAAGUAGAAGAAAUGGAUGGUUAAAAUCAAUCCCAUCGACAGAGCCUUGCGAUUUCAGGCUCAUAGGUGAAAGGGGCUCCUGUAUGUCGGCUACACCCUAUGCUACUCCUGUUGGAGAUGGUGUUUUUCAUUCGUUGGGUCACUAAUGCUCAUUCUUUGCAGGCUUCUAAUCUCAUAAUCCCCACAGUAGCUUUGAUACCUUCACUGCUUGUUUACUUUGUUACAUGAUUCAAUCAGUGAUACAAAGUGAAGUAAAAAUCCACCCAAAGCCGAAACAAUUCAGUGAAAAUACAAAAUUUUCAAUCACGGUGUUUGUAAAGAUUGACAACAUGCCUCCACCUUCUCCCACUGUGCAAAAGUGAUGACAAAAUAUGGUAUGACAGGCACUGACAUCUCAGACAUUUGAUGCUUGAGUUUAUUGUGAACACGGAUUCUGAGUUCCUGCCCCUCUUGCUGAUCAAACCACACAUUUUAUUAAUUGAUAAUUGAGCAACGAUCCCUUAGGUCAGCACAGUGAUCUCCAUGGUCCCACUCAAAGAUCUAAUGGUGGACAAAAAUCACUGUUCAAUAUGUACUUUGACUUUAAGGGCACACUUUGAUUUUCUCUUUGAACACAUUGUCGUAAAUGUAACAUCAACAGGUUGCUGCUCAGUUUUCUUUUUUCAAAAUGAGGAAAAAAAUUAAUAAAAACAAAAUAGAACAAGGCUGCAACCUGCUAUCAAAAUUAUGUCAAUAGGAAACUGUGACUCUUCUAGAUUUAUCCAGAAUUGUGGAUGUCCUCACCUACAGAAGUGACGCCACUUGCUAAUCACCUAAAACUACUCAUUAUGAAAUAGUUGGUGGUAACCAGUAGGUGAAAAAAGUAGAAUAUCAGACAUACAAGAUAUAAUGGGGGGUCUUAUUUAUCUAUUUUGAAUUAAUUUAUUUUUUGAAUAAACCCAACAGUGAGCCAAGUUAGCUGUUUGCAUUAGUUAUUGAUACUUUUCAUCUAUUUAGCAGGAGGAUGUGACGUCAGCCCCUGGUACUGAAAUUAGAAUCCUGAUCAAGUAUGACCCGGUUUUGAUAAGUCUUUUAAUUGUGUCUAUUUUUGAAACGAAAGCGGUGACCAAUUUUAAAUUCUCUGGAUUUGCCGUUAUACUACCUGAAAAUUAUGUAAAGCUGUAAACUUUGACUCAAGCCGUUAGUUCCACCAAAGGAAAAGCUAAAGAAAGCAGAAGAGGUAUGAGGUAAACUGGAGUGAUAAGGUUUGUUGUUGGAGAUAAAGUCUGUAUUCUGAAAACUAAUUUUGUCAGGUUGACUAUAUGCUUGAAAUUGAGUUGCUAUACAGUAAUGGUGUCAGAUUAGUAAAGCAAAGAAAACACACAGACUUCAUGACAAAUACAGAAACCCUUUUAGGUUGGAUUUUUGCUUCAUCGGUCUUCUCUGGUGACAUCGUGAUCUGUUUCCGUAUGAAUGCACCCCACUUCUUUUCUUUUCUCACCGGUUUCAGUGUGUUGUAAGGAGCUUAUUCCCUAUUUUUCUUAAAAACUUCAUGCACCCUUAUUUUCCUCAGACAAAAGAGCGUCACAAGCUGGAGGCACUCAAGAAGAAGCAAGAGCAGGAAGAGGAAAGGAUGAAGAAAAUGGAAGAGGAGAAGAAAAGAAAGCAAGAGGAGCUUAAAAGGUUCAUACUCCACCUCUUUUGAUUCUCUGACAGGACAAAUUCAGAAUUUCUGUUUUUAACAAUUCAAAUCAACUUCCAGGAAGAGAGACGAGAGGCUGAGGAGAGUGUUUGAAGCGAAAGUAAAAGAGGAGCAGAGAGAGGAGGAAAAGAAAAAGAAGAUUGAGCAAAAAAUGGCCCAGAUUGAUGAGAAAAAUGAUAAGGUACGCCACCAAGUCAACAACUCCACAUCUGUACGCUCAUUGACGGAUUCAAACCUUUUAAUUUACCUCUGAAACUAAUGUGCUUGGUUUACACAGCGUAUGGCAGAGGAGAAGGCCAAGAAGAAGGUGGCUCUCAAACGUCAGGAGGAGCUGGAGCAGAAGAAGAAGUUGGAGGAGGAGGCUAGAAAGAAGAAGCUGGCUGUAAGAAUAUGCUCUUAUUUUACUUGUAGUCACCACAGUAGCUGUGUUAACUCAGGCUGCUUCAAAUAUGUCGGGAAGGCUCCAGAUAGAUCAUUUUGGAACAAACAGAACUGGUGGUUCUGGCUUGGGAUGAACAGAUGAAACAGAUCACAGGUGUGCACUGUGCAGCCUGAUGGACAGGUGGUAUCAUACCAUGAAUUGAGGAUGUGCUGAGAUGUGAUCACUCAGGCCACUUAGGAGGCAUUCGUCCACAUUUCUUUUGGAUUAUUGAGCUAUUUGCAAAGAAAAGUAUAAAGUGAUUUCAGAAUAUUUAUUGGAGCGUUGCUCAAAACAAACACCAAAAAAAACCCAAUACUUUUGUAAAUCAAGUGCUGAAUCUUUUUAAAAAUCUGAUUUUCUGUCACAUUUUCUACUUGACGGUUAAGACACAUUCAUUCAAUGAAAUACUCUAACAUCGUCCUCUGAAAAUCGGGGUAUUUAUCUGUUGUGUGUUCUGUAAAAUACUAAAGGAGGAAGAGAAACGGCUGCAGGACUUACUUGCAAAGAAGAAAGCUGAGGAGGAACAGCAAGCUCGUAAGCUGGCUGAAGCUCGCAGAGCAGAAGAGCUGAAGAGAGAGCAGGAGAGAGAGAGACAAGCUGCUGCUGAAAGGUAAAUUAUAAGCACCUGUAAACUAACAAAAUAAUACUGAAAAAAUGCACUGGUGGUGACAUUUUGAAAAGCCAUCAGAUUUUCCCCAGAGCUUGUUUUAUUGACUUGGUAUUUGUUUAUCAGAGAGCGUGUGGAAAAAGAAAAAGCUCUUGCUUUGCAACGGGAAGUGGAGAGAGCAGCAAGAGAGAAAGAGAGGAGAGAACUGGAGGAGAGGAGAAGGGCGCUGGAGGAGAAAAGGAAAAUGGUAAGAAAUCUGGAAUCAAAAUCUCUUUCCCAUGUGGCUGACAGUUCAGUCAGAGAGAGCUCGAUUUGCAAACAAAAAUCACAAAAUGCUGGUCCAUUUAAAAAACUUUAACUACUCAUGAUCUUAAUGUUACUUCAACUCUGCUUUCUGAGUGAGUAUGAUUCACCAAGUACACGAGGACACAAACAGUAUGUCAACAACUCAUUUCUGUUCAAGAACUUUUUACUGUGAGCAGAAUCACUCAGAGGGGUCUUCAGCCCUCAAAACAAGCUCCUUUUGUUUAUCUAAAGCUGGUCUGGGGCUGAUGAAGAGUAUUAGGAGUAUCACAAACUGAGUUUCACACGUGUUUUAUGAGUGCGGCCGAUUUUGUUGAAACUGUGUUGCUUUGGUGUCUUCAUUAACAUGAUAUGGAGCCCAAGUAUAUGCAGAGACCCAGUAAAGAAACUGAUUUUAAUAAAGCAGUUUCAUGACUGAUAUCAUACUUUCUCAACCCUUCUUUUGAGCGUUAAUGAAAAAUAAAGGAACCCAGUCCAUAUUAAACAACAAAAUGUGGCUACACAGGUACAAAUAUGAGUUGAUCUGGUCCUACUUUUAUUAACAGGUUAAAUUCUAAAUAAGCAAUGCUUAAAUACACAAGUCUGAAGACAGGAGGAUUUGAUAUUUCGGUUGCAAAGCUGCCUGGUGAUGAUUGGUUUUUUUUUCUUGUGCUUUCAAUAGGAGGAGCUGCAGAAAAAAGCAGCAGAAGAGAAGGCUGCCAAAGAACGAGAAGCUGCUCGGCAGAGAGAGGCUGCUGCUAAACAAGCUGCUGAGGCAAAGGUAAACCAGCAGGGGGAGUCACACCUUGUUUACAUGCAUGGCUGCACAUAAGCAAUGGUUCACCUUAAGAUUGAUAAUCCUUGAUUUAAGCUCAUCAAGCCAUGCAAAGAGAUUGGAAAAACUUUGCUUUAGUUCUGGCAUUAGGGUGUUGAAAUACUUUUUUCCUUGUAGAUUUUUAUUACAGUGCAUGUGUGACACUGUGGCAGCUACCAUUAACGGCUAAAUAUCUUCCUUUUCCUCUUUUUUCUCAUCUCUGUUCUGUAGGCUGCCCUUAAUGUUACUGUGGACAUAGAGGUAAGAAAUAAAUACAUACCCUCGAACAAAUAAGUUCUUAUUUUUGUUAAUGUCCUAGAUGAGUGAAGAAAAUUAUUCUGUACUGAACAGUUUUCAUGACUUUACCUUACAACAGUAUUUAAAGCUACAGUUCCUCUUUUCUACUUUGCAGCGCUCCGUAAUGACCACACCAGGAAAAGGUGCUGGCCUUAAUGUGACUGUGGACAUCGAGGUAAACUUAACAUGAUACAGUUUUGAAAUUUUUGACUAUUCAGCUACAAUUUUAAAACACAAUACAAAACAGUGUAAGUCUAAUACCAUGUGUUUAUUCCCCUCUGCAGCAAUCACCACAGUCCUACGCGAUCACUCCAAAGGGAGGCGACAAACCUUUGGUUAUGCCCAAAAGUAAAGAAGAUUAUGGAAUGGACCAAAACAGUGACGACUCAACUGAUGAUGAGUCCGCCCCAAGGAAACCUAUCCCAUCCUGGGCAGAAGGUAAAAAAAUACUGUUAUAGUUGUUUAUUAUGAUGAAAUUCAGUCCUAGAACAGUUCCACUCAACAUCAGUAACUAAAACACUAGUGGUGUGGCAACUAACAGACUAAUUCACCGCUUCUGCAUCUCAGUAUGAUAUCAGUCUCCUUUUGUUAAGCCUUGAAUGAAAACCCUUUUAUUUUGUUUUUCCUUUCAGGUCAAAACCUGCAGCAGAUAAUUAUGAAACAGUACUUCAAUCCACCUGAUCUGAACUCUUUCUUCGGGGUUAUUGAACCACCUAAACUUGAAAACAUCUUUUACAAGAGCAAGCCACGCUAUUUUAAGCGUACCAGCUCUGCUGUGUGGCACUCACCUCCAAUGGGAUCCAGAUAAUGUCUGUACGCUGGUACAGAUGACAUCGCUGUAUAAAUUUUUAUGUCUUUUUUUUUUUUUUUUCAAUAAAGUCCCCACUUUUUUCUCUGUUUAUCAUAUUGUUAAAUCUAUUUUCUUUAGGCUUUUUAGGAUUUACUACUUUUUCUAUUGUCUAGUACUUCUCAAGAAAUUGAUGUUUCAUUCUUGUACUUGAAAAUGGGAGGUUAUGGUGACCCAGUGGGAUGUGACGGCUGCUGUAUGAUAAGUUAAGAGUUAAAUUUGUAUCAUGUAUGUAUUGAUAUAGUAGAGUUCUUAUGUUUGGGAUAUAUUCAAGUGUAUUAAAAGGUUAGAUCAACCAAA